AUGUUAAAUGAAUGCCAUAAAAAUACGAGGGGAUAUGACAGAAUUGCAGCCGUAUUUGCUUCAGAUCCAGCGUUUCUAAUUUUUCGACGCUUCGACAAACUCAACAUAAAAAACAUCUUGUACUACCAAGCCGAGCUAGCAAAUAUCGAAGACGAUCUCGAACACAUCAUUGCCGACGACAAACAAUCUUUUAACGAGGAAAGGCGCGACUAUCCCUUCUCUGUGAGGAGUUUAAAAAGCCCUCUGAAAAGCACAAGACCGGAAGACAUAAGGCAAUGGUCAAAGUUCAAGGAAGCGCGGGAGCUACUAGAGAAAUACAAUUAUGCAUUAUUACAGCAACGAGAUCUUUUGAAUUUCAACCCCCCGAACAAAACCGACCUUUCAAACCUUCACCAAUGGCUGGCUCAGCAGAGUAUGACAAAUCAUGUGUACUUCGGCACACGCGCUGAAAUGGAUGUCUAUAGUCGAGAUCAGAAAGACACCAUGAUUACAGUAUCUACCAGGGAACAGGAUGUUGACGAACUCACUCGAUGGAUAUUUGAACGACCAGCUGCAUGGUUCCACGGGCGGUGUGGACAUCAUUUAUAUCGACAUGAUGUUGAACUUGGAACGUGGCAUUAUAGCAACAGAAAGGUCAAGUCGUUAACUUACGGAGCCAGCAUUAUUGUCGCGGCGGUUCUGCCAGCGUCAUGUAUGAUUGUUCUUUAUUUUGUCAAGGACACUGCCGCCAGAAUCCUCACAAUGGUCGUUUACAAUAUUUUGUUUUCGAUCUCAUUGGGGCUUCUAGUUCAAGCUCGGCGGGUAGAAAUAUUCGCUGUUGUCUCUGCAUUUGCCGCUGUACAAGUCACAUUGAUUACGAGUUCCUAG